CACACAUGUUCUGCGUCAGAAGCAUAUACCGUUGUUUCUUCUGCCCUUUUAUUGGCUCUUUCCAGAGUAUAUUCGGCAUGGGAUUAUUCCGUGCACCAUGGUGCUUGUUCUAUUGGACCUUGCGUAACCAUUUCGUGUCAAAGUUGUCCCUCAAGACAGCGCGAUUGGGCUCUUCUCUGGUCUGAUUGAUGUUUGCCAAGUACAGUACGUUAGCCCUACACAACGGGGGCACGGCGGCCCAACGUUCCCGGGCGCAUCAGCUCUUGCUGGCGGCCUUGGCUUACGCUAGCUUCUCCUCUGCAGAGGCGGGGCGGGUCCUCAGGAGUGACUGGGACUGGUGGUGGAGAACGCCGGAUCACCAUACGGAUCCCUUCAUCGCGUCCGUGCUUUCCGAUGCAGCAUUUUCUCGCAGCGGACCCAGCAGUUCCGAGAAGCUUCAGAUGGCUGAGCACACGAUCCAAUCAACGUUCCCUGUCGUUGGCUCUUUGACUGGCGCAACGCAGAGGGCGGCACUGACACUCCUGGGCCUCGACUACAGCAUCCCGCGGCCGCGGACCGUCUUCGACGAGUGGAAGAGCAAGCACUUCGUGCCUCCUGGCGUGGCGAACGUGAGCGCAGUGGCAACGGCCAUAUGCCUUUUCGUGAACCCGAAAUCUGGCGGCCGGAAGGGGGAGGAGCUGCUGCACCUCGAGCAGGACGCAGACGUCGGCCGAGCGCACCAGUUCAGCUUCCACCUGGACGCCGACGGCCCUCCGACGGUCAGCGCCAAUGUCACCGUGCUCCUCUUCGACAUCACCGACGCAUGCUCCCGGUGGGCUGGAAAGCUGGGGCGACGAGAACUAUGCGAGUCCACUGCUUUCCUCGCCCUGCGAGCACGCCCUGCGGCGCCUGCAGCAGGGGGACGCGCAGCGCGAUUCGGACUGGCUCUUCGGCAGCGCAGCCGCUGGCGGCGCGGUGCCGCCGGGCUGCGCCGACGCCAGGGCGCACGCGGACCGGGCGCUCAGCCACCAUGCUUGCGCGGGCCCCGGGCCGUGCGACGUGCGUGCCGUUGUCGCGGGCGGCGACGGCACCGUGACCUGGCUGCUCGGGGAGCUGCUGGGGGAGGAGCCGGCAAUCCUGUCCGGGUGCCCGUCGGCGUGAUCCCCCUGGGCACCGGGAACGACCUCUCCCGCCAGCUCGGCACGCUGGCCGGGGCGCCCCGCUGCUCCGGGGCUGGCUCCGCCGAGGCUCCCGAGAUCACGCCGCCCUCGGGCCGGCUCGUGGGCCCGGACAUGGGGGCCUUCAUGGAGGUGAUGGCGAAGUUCGCUCUGGCGCCCGCGACCGAGUUCGACCUGUGGGAGGCGGUCGUGGACGUCCACGAGGCGGGCCGCCUGGAGGAGGUGAAGCGGAAGGAGGGCGAGGCGGAGGCGCGGUUGGAGCCCAUGGGGCACAACUGCAGGAGGCGGGCCGAGGAUGGCCGGUGCCUCCAGAUGAGGCAUUCCAUGAUCAACUACGCGUCUUUGGGCUUCGAGUCGCUCAUCGGCCUGGAGUUCGAGAAGUGGCGCUCGGAGCGCAGCGAUACCUCGCAGCUGAGGAACAAGCUGAAGUACGCCGAGCUCGGCCUCAGGUACACCAUGCCCGGCAUCAUGGGCUCGGAGUCCAGAGACUUCCCCGGUCUCAGGUACCAGUCGCUGAGCUCUUUCAUGCGCAGCCUGCAGGACGGUGCCCCCAGAAGCCAGGCACGCGGGGGCUCCUCGGUGCUGGAGAGCUCCAGGGGCGUGUCUCGAGAGUCGUCUCAGGCAUCAGAGGCCGCUGUGAGCGGGGAGAUGCAGCGGGCCCGCGGGCAGAUGCAGCGCUCCAACUCCACCGGGCCUGCAUGCGACCCAACGGGCAGUGAGUACAGUUCGAUGGUCUUCAUGAAUGUGGAGUGCAUCAUGGGGGGUGAGCGCAAGUGGCCCCGCGACGUGCCAGUUCAGCCCAGCUUCGAUGACCAGAAGCUCGAGGCCUUGGCGUUCACAAGCCCGGUGAGCAUGAAGUUGGCCAACGGGUUUGGAGUUCCUGGCUUCUUGGCUAGCACUUGCGCUGUGGGCCAGUAUGGUCGACCGCAUGCGACGUUCCUGCCAGGCGUUACCACUGCCUUCCAGGUUGAUGGCGAGUUUUACGCAGCAAGCGAUAUCAAAUCCUUUGAGUUACAAUUCAAUCAGCGAGUGGAGCUCCUUCGACUAGGGAAGGCUCAGGCUUACUAUAAGGCUCCAAGCAUCAUAUGGGGGGCGUGAGUCUGUAUAUUGCAUUGUUCCCAAGGGUGCCGAUUCACCCAUGCGCAUUUGUCAAGAGGCUUGCUUUCGGUUUACCAGACUCGAUCUUGUAGAUUAUGUUUGCGCGUUGCAGUGCGCACGUUCAUACAUGGUAAUGCGUCUCUAAUGUUAUCUGGUCACUGCUUUCCCUGGGGCUCAGAGAACUGCAACACGUGAAACCUCGCAUUCCAAUAUUCCUGGGGGACGUAAUAUGCAUCAGUUCGCUCCCG